CAGUCAGAGAGGGAGGGGGGACAGCUUUGCCCCACAAAAGGGGAGGGUCCCAUCCAGCCCUUACAUGUGCCAAGAUGACAGCUGCUGAGAGAUACAGUUUCUUCCCCCAGGAGCCUUAUUACAUCCCUGGGUACGGGGGGUUUUACCCGCAGGUCCGCUACCAGGUUGGGAGAACGUACGGAAGAACCACGUACGACAUGCUGACCGACCCGGAGGUCCAGAAGAGUCCGGCCUCCAUCCUAGCUCCGCUCAGCAAGCCCAAAUUCAUCGAGGAUUACAGCCGCCGACAAAUCCCUCCGGACGACCUGUUGGAUCAGCACCAGAGAUACAUCCCUGGAUUCACAGGCUUUGUCCCAUACUAUGGUUGCUUUCCUAUUCCAGGCAAGGAAUCUCGUCCCCCGGUGCCAAGGGCAGAGCCCCAGAGAUUUAUAGACCCCAACUCAGUGCAACUGGUAGAACAGAAGUACACCUCCUGCCACCCCGGGAUCAGGCUGGCAUGCGGGCCUGGGUGGAGGCAGUUCGCUUCUAAAGCUGGCUCCCAGCUGGUAUCCAAGGACGGUGACCAGAAGAUGCUCUGCCACCCGGACGUCGCGCUUGUGUGCGGGCAAGAGGAAAGCCGGGGACCCUGCAAUACUGGCAUGUCUCUCAUCUGUGGGCAGGGCUGGCAAGGCACCCCUUGCAUCCCAGGGACUGAACAGCCGAUGCGGAUCGAGGGCACCCCUGUCCCCCCAGUGACGGAGACCGUGGACGUGAAGCGGUUUGGCCGGACACCCAAGCUGGACCUGCCCAACCUCCUCCAGCGAAAAGCCAUCUCAGGCUACACUGGAUUCAUCCCCCGCUUCACCUGGACUAUGGGAUCCAAUUACCUGAAAGGGGUCAAAGAGGCUAUGAAUGAAUUUGACAAAAAUCAGGAAAUGCUGAGGAGCCCACUCUACAGUUUUGGGAAGAGGCUGCCCCGGACCUACUGGCCUAACACCAAGAUUUACUCCAGCGGUGGCCUGAUGCCCUUCUACACAGGCUUUGUGCCAACUAUCAGGCACAACUAUGCCUUAACCUUUGGAAACAGCACCCGGAAAGCUUACUACGAUGAAUUAGAGCGGAGACAACAUGCAGGAUGAAUUUUUUUUUUAAUGCUCACACAGCAUCAGACAGAAGACCAGGUGGAAGCAACUGGAAGCGUAGAACAAAGAAACAGAACAAGCUC